UUACGAAUUCGCAAGUUCGAAAUUCGAAUUCUAGUGAAUGAAGUUUCGUAUCGCAAAAGUAUUGUAACGAAAAGUGUAAGUGUGUGUGUUGUGUACUCAUAACUUUAAUGUGUAGUGGGGAGUUUUUUGAAGAGAGCUGUUAGGCAUAACAUGCAACAUGGAAGACUACAACAUAUCCAUGGAAGAGCUGAUGAACGGCUCGGAGCCCUACCAGCCCUACUACCAACGGCCUGAGACUUACAUAGUGCCGAUCAUAUUCGCGCUCAUCUUUGUGAUCGGUGUCGUUGGCAAUGGGACGCUGGUCACUGUUUUUGUGAGGCAUAAGGCUAUGAGGAAUGUGCCUAAUACGUACAUCCUCUCCCUAGCCCUUGCCGAUCUCCUCGUUAUCAUAACCUGCGUGCCAUUUACAUCGAUCGUGUACACGGUGGAAUCCUGGCCGUGGGGCGUGACGGUGUGCCGCGUGUCGGAGGCGGCGAAAGAUGUCAGCAUCGGCGUGUCCGUGUUCACGCUGACGGCGUUGUCGGCGGACCGGUAUUUCGCGAUCGUGGACCCGCUCAGGAAGCUGCAUGCCACGGGUGGUAGCAAACGUGCUACCAGACUAACGGUGGCCACGGCGAUCGGUAUCUGGCUGCUGGCAGCGCUGCUCGCCACCCCGGCUUAUGUGGGCUCGUAUGUGAGGGCCUUUGUCGUCAACCCUACUACACAGUUCCUGGUAUGCUACCCGUACCCCCCGGACUGGGGCGAGACGUACCCCUCCACGAUGGUGCUGCUCCGUUUCCUGGUGUACUACUCGCUGCCGCUGGCCGUCAUCGCGCUGUUCUACAUACUGAUGGCGCGCCAUCUGGUGCUGAGCACGCAGAACAUGCCGGGGGAGAUGCAGGGCACGCAGAGACAGAUGCGAGCCCGGAGGAAAGUGGCGCUGACAGUCCUCGCUUUCGUACUGGUGUUCGCAGCCUGCUUCCUACCCUCGCACGUCUUCAUGAUGUGGUUUUAUUACUGCCCAACAGCCCAGGAGGACUACAACGGCUGGUGGCACGCUCUGCGUAUCAUCGGCUUCUGCUUCUCCUUCCUCAACAGCUGCGUCAACCCCAUCGCCCUUUACUGCACCAGUGGCAUUUUCAGGAAGCACUUCAAUAGAUACCUGUUGUGCCGCGGCGGCUCGGCCCGGGGCACUCGGGGCUCCAUGUCUCUCUCCACGUCGCGGAGACUGACCUCCAGCAGGAAGACCAACAUCAGCAUGGUGCCUAGGACGACCAGCGUCAACCGUGACAGCAGCAUCCGCCUCAUCAGCAACGGCUCCUCGAAGCUCUGAGGAAGGACCGGCCGGCCCCCGGCCAACAACAAUCUGAGGAACGACUUCAAGAACUACUUCAAGAGCGACAGUCUCGCGCCAUUCCCUAAAUGUUGCGAGAACGAAAACGGGACGCAUAUAGAAACCAAUGUGGAUGCGAAAAGCAGCACCGAGAGCUUUUAUAUGCCUGCGGAUUUUAGGAGGUCCAUAUAAAUGUUGAAA